AUGUGUGUAUCUACUUUGUCUUCCCUAUUAGAUUUAAGUCCAGUCUGGAGGCCAAGAAUCAUCUUUGACUCCUCUGUAGAGCGUUACAUAAGAUUGUUAUCUAUCAAGUAUGCAGCAUUUGAUCAGAUCCGAAUGGGAGCCAUCUCUCAAACCAAUAUCAACCUUAUUGGUUCCCACUGUGGAGUAUCCAUUGGUGAAGAUGGACCCUCCCAGACAGCCCUAGAGGGUCUAGCCAUGUUCCGAAGCAUUCCCAAUUGCACUAUUUUCUAUCGAAGUGAUGCCGUUUCGACAGAGUAUGCUGUUUAUCUGGCUGCCAAUACCAAAGGAAUGUGUUUCAUUCGGACCAGCUGACCAGAAACUGAAGUUAUUUAUACCCCACAAGAAAAUUUUGAGAUUGGAGAGGCCAAAGUGGUCUGCCACAGUGACAAUGACAAGGUCACAGUUAUUGGAGCUGGAGUUACUCUCCACGAAGCCUUGGCAGCUUCUGACAAUCUUUCCCAAUGAGGUAUUUCUAUCCAUGUCACUGACGCAUUUACUAUUCAAGCCCUGGAUGCUGCCACUAUCAUCUCCAGUGCAAAAGCCACAGGUGGCCGGAUUAUCACGGUGGAGGACCACUACAGAGAAGGUGGCAUUGGAGAAGCUGUGUGCACAGCUGUCUCCGGGGACCCUGACAUCCUUGUUCAACAGCUGGCAGUGUCAGGAGUGCCUCGAAGUGGGAAGCCUGGUGAACUGCUGGAUAUGUUUGGAAUCAGCGCCAGACACCUCAUAGCGACUGUAAAACAUACUUUAAUGAACUAA